AUGAAGGGCACCGACAUGGUUUGGUACUUCGCUUACGGCUCCAACAUGGCCAGCACAACGCUCAAAAAAAGGCGACUAAGCCCAAAAGACUCUCGGCCUGUCUUUGUGUCCACUCACGUCCUCUGCUUCGACGUGUUCGGUGUCCCGUACAAGGAACCCGCCAUGGCCGGCAUUCGAGAGAGGACUCCAGUCGACGAUACGAAAGCGACGCCGCCGGUGCAUGGGAUGGCUUACUUGCUAUCACGGGACGAAUAUCAUCGGCUGAUAGUCUCCGAAGGAGCGGGCGUCGCCUAUGUCGAGAUGGAGUUGAUAGCCCGGACUUGUUCAACUGGGUUUACGGGCCGAGCGGCGACUUGUGAGGAGAUUCCGGUGCGGACCUUGAUGGCGAGAUUUCCAUUCCGGCCCGAAGCACUUCCGAGCAUUCGGUACAUGGGGUUAUUGAUUCAGGGGUCCGAGGAAUCCGGCAUGCCUGCCUCGUACCAAGACUAUCUACGCGGUUUACCUGCAUAUCACAAAAGUCUCUCCAAGUAUGAAGAGUUCGGCGCGUCACUCUUUGUCGGCUUUUGGAUGCCUGUGCUCAAUGGUAUAAUGAAAAGAGUUAAGCGAAGACCAAAUUCGGACGGUAAUGUAGACCCCUGGGUCGGGCAGUUGGUUAGUCCAAAAACCAACGAUAGACUCGGCAAGCUUGAGUGCCUGUUGAAGACUUUGCAGCAGAUCGACACUAUUCACUUACUUAUUGAGAACUUUUCUGAUUAUUUUGGGGUGGUAAACUCAUCCAAGGACAUUGAAACGAUCUUUAGAUCAGGAAGGAUUGCUAGUUUGAUCGGUGUUGAAGGACUACAUCAGAUUGCUGACAGUGCUUCCGUUGUAAGGCUGUUUCAUAAACUUGGUGUCAGAUACAUCACUCUUUGUCACGAUGAUGAUAAUCGAUAUGCUGAUUCGUCGAACGGAAAUAGUACAAAUGGGGGUUUAUCUAGCCAUGGCCUGGAUAUGAUACGUGAGAUGAACCGUAUCGGCAUGAUGAUCGACUUAUCGCACACAAACAUGGACACUCAGAUACAAGUACUAAGAGUAUCUCAAGCCCCGGUCAUAUUCUCUCAUUCCUCUUGUAAUUCGCUACUACCCAGUCCUCGCAACGUCACAGAUGAGGUCCUAGAUCUUCUCAAGACAAAUAAAGGCCUUGUAAUGAUAUGUUUUCUCCCAAACCUUGUUAGCGUCGGCGGAGUUCAAGGGGCUGCGAUCGAUCAUGUCAUUGACCAUAUCCUAUAUGCAGGUCAAAGAAUAGGCUUUGAGCAUGUAGGCAUUGGCUCUGACUUUGACGGUAUGCUAGAUGGGCCAAGAGAUUUGGACGAUGUAUCCAAGUACCCGCUCCUUGUUGGAAAGCUUCUGGAGCGUGGACUCUCAGAGGAUGUUAUCGCACAAGUACUUGGCGGUAAUGUAAUUCGGGUUCUUGGUGAGGUGGAAACUGUGUCCAGGCAUCUGGAAGGUCAGGUACCUGUGUUAUCGGAUCAAGUAGAGGAGGUAUGGACACCAGAGCAGAAGGAUAUACUGAUUAAGAUGGGAACGUUGAGAAGCUCUCAGUCUCUGGGACUACAUGAAGGCUUUGAAUAG